AAGAUGGCGAGGCGCGGCGCGCGGCGCUGCGCGGGGGGCGCACUGCCCCUAGGCGGCUGCAAGGCCCCCGCACCGCUGCUGCUGGCCGGGCUGGCGCUGCUGGGCGCGGCGUGGGCGCGGGACGCCGCGGGCGGCGACUUUAGCCUGCACCCGCCUUACUUCAACCUGGCCGAGGGCGCCCGCAUCACCGCGUCCGCGACCUGCGGCGAGGAGGCCGCGGCGCACGGCUCCCCGCGCCCCACCGAGGACCUUUACUGCAAGCUGGUGGGGGGACCCGUGGCCGGCGGGGACCCCAACCAGACCAUCCAGGGCCAGUACUGUGACAUCUGCAUGGCUGCUAACAGCAACAAGGCCCACCCAGCCAGCAAUGCCAUUGACGGCACGGAGCGUUGGUGGCAGAGCCCGCCCCUGUCCCGCGGCCUGGAGUUCAACGAAGUCAACAUUACCCUGGACCUGGGCCAGGUUUUUCACGUGGCCUAUGUGCUGAUCAAGUUUGCCAACUCCCCUCGGCCGGACCUCUGGGUGCUGGAACGUUCCACAGACUUUGGCCACACCUAUCGGCCUUGGCAGUUCUUUGCCUCCUCCAAGAGGGAUUGCCUGGAGCGCUUCGGGCCACAAACCCUGCAGCGCAUCACUCGGGAUGACGACGCCAUCUGCAGCACAGAGUACUCUCGUAUUGUGCCCCUGGAGAACGGCGAGAUCGUGGUAUCGCUGGUGAACGGGCGUCCGGGGGCCAUGAACUUCUCGUACUCGCCGCUGCUGCGCGAGUUCACCAAGGCCACCAACGUCCGCCUGCGUUUCCUGCGCACAAACACACUGCUGGGCCACCUGAUGGGCAAGGCGCUGCGGGACCCCACUGUCACCCGUCGGUACUAUUACAGCAUCAAGGAUAUCAGUGUUGGCGGUCGUUGUGUCUGCCAUGGCCACGCGGACGUCUGUGAUGCCAGGGACCCUGCAGAGCCUUUCAGGCUGCAGUGUGCCUGCCAGCACAACACGUGUGGGGGUUCGUGCGACCGCUGCUGUCCUGGCUUCAACCAGCAGCCGUGGAGACCGGCCACCACCGACAGUGCCAACGAGUGCCAGCCCUGUAACUGCCACGCCCACGCCCACGCCUGUUACUACGACCCCGAGGUGGCGCAGCGCCAUGCCAGCCAGGACCAAGACAACAUCUACCAGGGAGGGGGCGUCUGCAUGGACUGCCAGCACCACACCACGGGCAUCAACUGUGAGCGCUGCCUGCCCGGCUUCUACCGUGCCCCGGACCAGGCCCUGGACUCGCCGCACGUCUGCCAGCCCUGCAGCUGUGAGUUGGACUCCAUGGAUGGGACGUGUGAGGACCUGACCGGCCGCUGCUCCUGCCGGCCCAACUUCACGGGGGAGCAGUGUGACGCGUGUGCCGAGGGCUUCGUGGGCUUCCCGCAGUGCUACCCGCUGGCCUCAUUUCCUCACAACGACACGGGGGAGCAGGUGCUGCCGGCCGGACAGAUAGUGAACUGUGACUGCAGCGCCGCUGGCACCGAGGGCAACGCUUGCCGGAAGGACCCACGCGUGGGCCGCUGUGUGUGCAAACCCAACUUCCAGGGUGCCCACUGUGAGCUCUGUGCCCCUGGCUUCCAUGGCCCCGGCUGCCAGCCGUGCCCUUGCUCCGGUCCUGGCGUGGCUGACGGCCUCUGUGACCCCGACUCGGGCCGGUGCAGCUGCAGGCUGGGCUUUGAGGGGGCUGCGUGUGACCGCUGUGCACCCGGCUACUUCCACUACCCCCUCUGCCAACUGUGCGGCUGCAGCCCCACCGGGACCCUGCCCGAGGGCUGCGAUGAGGCUGGACGCUGCCUGUGCCGGCCUGGGUUUGACGGUGCCCACUGUGACCACUGCCGCCCGGGCCACCACAGCUACCCUGACUGCCAUGCCUGUGUGUGCGACCCCCGGGGCGCCCUGGAGCAGCUGUGUGGGCCCAUGGGCCUGUGUCGCUGCCGCCCCGGCUACACGGGCACCACCUGCCAGGAGUGCAGCCCUGGCUUCCACGGCUUCCCUGACUGCGUCCCCUGCCAGUGCUCCCCUGCUGGCUCCCUGCAUACCACCUGUGACCUGCGGAGUGGGCAGUGCAGCUGCCGGCCCCGGGUGGAAGGCCUGCGGUGCGACACAUGUGUGCCUGGCGCUUACAACUUCCCCGUCUGCGAGGUCGGUGCCUGUCAUCCUGCUGGCCUGGCCCCGGCUGAGCCCUCCCUUCCUGAGGCGCAAGCCCUCUGUGUGUGCCGAGCCCACGUGGAGGGGCCGAGCUGUGAGCGCUGCAAAGCCGGCUUCUGGGGGCUGAGCCCCAGUCACCCCGAGGGCUGUGCCCGCUGUCACUGCGACCCCAGGGGCACGGUGGGCGGAGGUGCUGAGUGUCAGGCGGGCACCGGCCAAUGCUUCUGCAAGCCCCACGUGUGCACUCAGACCUGCGCAGCCUGCAAGGAUGGCUACUUCGGCCUCGAGCAGGCCGACUACUUCGGCUGUCGUAGUUGCCGCUGUGACGUUGGCGGUGCCCUAGGCCAGAGCUGCGAAGCCAAGACGGGGGCCUGCCGGUGCCGCCCCAACACCCAGGGCCCCACGUGCAGCGAGCCCACAAAGGACCACUACGUGCCGGACCUGCACCACCUGCGGCUGGAGCUGGAGGAGGCGGCCACGCCUGAGGGCCGCGCUGUGCGCUUUGGCUUCAACCCCCUGGAGUUCGAGGGGUUCAGCUGGAGGGGCUAUGCUCAGAUGUCGCCCAUCCAGCCCAGGAUUGUGAGCAGGCUGAACUUGACCUCCCCUGACCUCUUCCGGCUUGUCUUCCGCUAUGUGAACCGGGGGCCAGCUGUUGUCAGUGGCCGGGUGUCUGUGCGCGAGGAGGGAGUGCUAGCCACGUGCACCAACUGCACAGAGCAGAGCCAGUCCAUGGCUUUUCCGCCCAGCACAGAGCCCGCCUUCCUCACCGUGCCCCGGACAGGCUUCGGGGAGCCCUUCGUGCUGCACCCUGGCUCCUGGUCCCUGCUCGUGGAAGCGGAAGGAGUGCUCUUGGACUACGUGGUUCUGCUGCCCAGUGCCUACUACGAGGCCGCCCUGCUGCAGCUGCGGGUGACGGAGGCCUGCCUGGCCCACGCCCCUGCCCGGAGCUCUGGAGAGAACUGCCUCCUGUAUGCCCACCUCCCGCUGGACGGCUUUCCCUCGGCCGCUGGUGGGGAGGCCCUGUGUGGCCACGACAACAGCUUGCCGCGGCCCUGCAGCCUGGAGCGCCUGAGUCCCUCGCACCCGCUCCUGGCCGCCUGCACGGGCAGUGAUGUGGAUGCCCAACUGCAGGUGCCUGUGCUGAGGCCAGGCCGCUAUGCCCUGGUGGUGGAGUACGCCAGCGAGGGUGCCCCCCAGCAGGUGGCCGUAGCGGUGCACACUUCCCAGGGAGCCCCGCAGGAGGGGGCACUCACCCUCCAUCCCUGCCCAUACAGCACCCUGUGCAGGGGCCUCACGCUGGACUCGCAGCGCCACCUGGCUGUCUUCCACCUGAACUCUGAGGCCAGCAUCCGGCUUACAGCCCAGCAGGCUCAUUUUUUCCUGCACAGCGUGACCCUGGUGCCUCUGGAAGACUUCAGUGUGGAGCUGGUGCAGCCCCAGGUGCACUGCAUCAGCAGCCACGGGGCCUUUGGCCGUGGCAGCGCUGGCUGCCUGCCCUCCCGCUUCCCGAAGCCAGCCCAGCCCAUCAUCCUGAGGGACUGUCAGGUGGUCCCACUGCCGCCUGGCCUGCCCAUCACACACUCGCAAGAGCUCCUGCCAGGGACGCCCCCCGUGGGGCCCCAUCCCCGGCCCCCCACUGCCGUGGACCCUGAAGCAGAGCCCACCCUGCUGCGCCACCCCCAGGGCACUGUGGUCCUCAGCACCCAGGUACCCCACCUGGGCCGCUAUGUUUUCCUGCUGCACGGCUACCAGCCCGCCCACCCCACCUUCCCCGUGGAGGUGCUCAUUGAUGGCGGCCGUGUCUGGCAAGGCCACGCCAACGCCAGCUUCUGCCCACAUGGCUCUGGCUGCCGCAGCCUGGUGCUGUGCGAGGGCCGGGCCGUGCUGGACGUGACAGACAGAGAGCUCAGCGUGACUGUGCGUGUGCCCGAGGGCCGCUGGCUCUGGCUGGAUUACGUGCUCCUGGUGCCCGAGGCCGCCUACAGCCCCAGCUACCUGCGGGAGGAGCCGCUGGACAAGUCGUAUGAGUUCAUCAGUCACUGUACCACCCAUGGUUACCACAUCAGCCCCAGCGGUUCUUCCCCCUUCUGCCGCAAUGCCGCCGCCUCCCUGUCUCUCUUCUACAACAACGGAGCCCAGCCCUGCGGCUGCCAUGAGGCCGGCGCCACAGGCCCCACGUGCGAGCCCUUCGGAGGCCAGUGCCCCUGCCGUGCCCAUGUCAUCGGCCGGGACUGCUCCCGCUGCGCCACCGGCUACUGGGGCUUCCCCAGCUGCAGGCCCUGUGACUGCGGCGCCCGGCUCUGUGACGAGCUCACUGGCCAGUGCAUCUGCCCGCCCCGCACCGUCCCGCCCAGCUGUGUACGAUGCCGGCCCUACAGCUUUGGCUGCCACCCACUGAUUGGCUGUGAGGAGUGCAACUGCUCGGGGCCCGGCAUCCAGCAGCUCGCCGAGCCCAGCUGUGAUGCAGACAGCGGCCAGUGCAGGUGCAGACCCAACGUGGCCGGGCGCAGGUGUGACACCUGUGCCCCUGGCUUCCAUGGCUACCCCAGCUGCCGCCCCUGCGACUGCCACAUGGCGGGCACCACACCUGGCGUCUGUGACCCUGUCACGGGCCAGUGCUCCUGCAAGGAGAAUGUGGAGGGCUCUCGGUGUGACCAGUGCCGCCUUGGGACCUUUUCCCUGGAAGCUGACAACCCCAAGGGCUGCACCCGCUGCUUCUGCUUUGGGGCCACUGAGCGCUGCAGGAGUUCAGCCCUCGCCCGCCAGGAGUUCGUGGAUAUGGAGGGCUGGGCACUGCUGGGCAGUGACCGGCAGCCAGUGCCCGUCGAGUGGCGGGCGGACGUGGAGCUGCUGCACGCUGGCCUGCGGCAGGGCCCCGAGACCCUCCCUGAACUGUACUGGCAAGCUCCGCCCUCCUACCUGGGCGACCGGGUGUCGUCCUAUGGGGGCAUCCUGAGCUACGAGCUGCACUCAGAGACCCAGCGUGGAGACGUCUUCAUCCCCGCCGAGGGCAGGCCCGACGUGGUGCUGCAGGGCAAUCAAAUGAGCGUCAUGUUCCUGGAGCCGGCGUACCCUCCGCCUGGCCACAUUCACCAAGGGCGCCUGCAGCUGGUGGAGGGGAACUUCCGGCACAUGGAGACGCACAGUGCUGUGUCCCGGGAGGAGCUCAUGAUGGUGCUAGCCGGGCUGGAGCAGCUGCAGAUCCGCGCGCUCUUCUCCCAGAUCGCCUCGGCUGUGUCCCUGCGCAGGGUGGCGCUGGAGGUGGCUGCUGCCGUGGGCGGGGGCCCUCCAGCCAGCAACGUGGAGCUGUGCAUGUGUCCCGCCAGCUACCGUGGGGACUCAUGUCAGGAAUGUGCCCCUGGCCACUACCGGGAUAAGGGUCUCUUCCUGGGCCGCUGCGUGCCCUGCCAGUGCCAUGGCCACUCCCACCGCUGCCUCCCAGGCUCUGGUGUCUGUGUGGACUGCCAGCAGCACACUGAAGGAGACCACUGUGAGCGCUGCCAGGCCGGCUUUGUGAGGGGCGGGUCCGAGGACCCCACAGCGCCCUGUGUCAGCUGCCCCUGCCCGCUGGCGGUGCCAUCCAACAACUUCGCCAAGGCCUGUGUCCUGCGAGGGGGCCAGGCCCAGUGCCUCUGCAGACCCGGCUACGCGGGCGCCUCCUGCGAGCGGUGUGCGCCUGGCUUCUUCGGGAACCCCCUGGUGCUGGGCAGCUCCUGCCAGCCAUGCGACUGCAGUGGCAACAGCGACCCCAACAUGCUGUUCAAUGACUGUGACCCCCUGACGGGGGCCUGCCGGGGCUGCCUGCGCCACACCACUGGCCCGCACUGCGAGACCUGCGCACCCGGCUUCUACGGCAAUGCGCUGCUCCCCGGGAACUGCACACGGUGUGACUGCUCCCCAUGUGGGACAGAGGCCUGUGACCCCCACAGUGGCCAGUGCCUGUGCAAGAUGGGUGUGGUCGGGCAGCGGUGCGACCGUUGCCAGGAGGGACAUUUUGGCUUCGACGACUGUGGGGGCUGUCACCCCUGUAGCUGUGGACCAGCUGCCGAGGGCUCCGAGUGUCACCCCCAGAGUGGACAGUGCCAGUGCCCCCCGGAUGCUGGCGGGCUGCAGUGUCGCCAGUGUGCCUCAGGCCAUUGGGGGCUGCCCGAGCAGGGCUGCCGGCGCUGCCAGUGCCCAGGGGGCCGCUGUGACCCUCACACAGGCCACUGUACUUGUCCCCCUGGCCUCAGCGGGGAGCGCUGUGACUCCUGCAGCCAGCAGCACCAGGUGCCCGUGCCUGGAGGGCCCGGAAGCCAUGGCGUCCAAUGCAAAGUGUGUGACCACUGUGUGGUGCUCUUGUUGGACGACCUGGAACGGGCUGGCGCCCUCCUCCCUGGCAUCCGUGAGCAGCUGCAGGGCAUCAAUGCGAGCGCCGCGGCCUGGGCCCGGCUGCACCGACUGAAUGCUUCCAUUGUGGACCUGCAGAGCCAGCUGCGGAGCCCCCUGGGCCCCCGGCCUGCGACGGAGCAGCAGCUGGAAACAGUAGAACGGCGGAGUAUGAGCCUUGGCCAGGACGUAGAGUGGUUGGGCCAGCAGGCCAUGGGGGCCCAAGGUCGCGUGAACCUGCUGCUGAGUAGCACUGAGAGCACGCUAGGACGGGUGCGGACGCUGCUAGCGGCCAUCGAGGCUAUGGCUGGCAUGCUGAAAGAGCUUGAGUCCCAGACGGGCCACCUGCCAUCGGCCAACACGUCAGCCCCAUCUGGGGAGCAGCUGCGCCGGGUGCUGGCCGAGGUGGGCCGGCUGCUUGGGGCCAUGCGGGCUCGUGACCUGGGGACCCAGCGGGCUGCGGCCGAGGCAGAACUGGCUGAAGCCCAGAGGCUGCUGGCCCGCGUGCAAGAGCAGCUGACCGGCCGCUGGGAAGAGAACCAGGCUCUGGCCACGCGUGCCCGUGAGCAGCUGGCCCAGCACGAGGCUGGCCUCAUGGACCUGCGUGAGGCCCUGAACCGGGCAGUGGACGCCACCCGUGAGGCUGAGGAGCUCAACAGCCGGAACCAGGAGCAGCUGCAGGCCAUGCUGCAGGGGAAGCUGGAGCUGUCCCAGGAUAAUGCCACACUGCAAGCCACCUUGCAAGCUGCCAGCCACAUCCUGUCCCAGGUCUUGGAGCUGCUACGUGGCAUGGAUGAGGCCAAGGAGGAGGUAGAACGCCUGGCAGCGAGCCUGGAUGGGGCACGGACACCACUUCUGAACCGUAUGCGAGCCUUUUCUCCGGCUGGCGCCAAACUGGGGCUGGUGGAGGCUGCAGAGGCCCAUGCCCAGAGGCUCGACCACCUGGCACACAACCUGUCCAGCAUCAUCGCGGGGGUCAACCAGGACCGCUUCAUCCAGAGAGCCUUGGAGGCCUCCAGCGCCUAUGGCAGCAUCCUGCAGGCUGUGCAAGCUGCCGAGACCGCCGCCAGCCAGGCCCUGCAGCAGGCGGACCACACUUGGGCGGCGGUGGUGCAGCGGGGCCUGGCAGCCCGAGCCCGGCAGCUGCUCGCCAACAGCAGUGCCCUGGAGGAGGCCGUGCUCGGUGAACAGCAGCGCCUGGGCCGUGCAUGGGCCGUCUUCCAGGGCACUGGGACUCGGCUCCAAGGUGCCCGAGCCACCAAGGAGCAGCUGGCGGCUCGUGUGCGGGAUAUACAGGCCAUGCUGGCCAUGCAGACAGAUGAGACAAGCAAGAAGAUCGCCCGCGCCAAGGCCACGGCCGCCGAGGCACAGGACCAGGCUGUCCGUAUGCAGUUGCAACUGCAGGACAUGCAACAGAGCGUGGAGCGGUGGCAGGGCCAGCUGGGAGCCCUGCAGGGCCAGGACCUGGGCCAGGCGGUGCUGGACGCUGGCCGCUCGGUGUCCACCCUGGAGAAGACACUGCCACAGCUGCUGGCCAAGCUGAGCCUCUUGGAGAACCGUGGGGCCCCCAACGCCAGCUUGGCCCUGGCUGCCAGCAUUGGCCGCGUGCGGGAGCUCAUCGCGCAGGCCCGGGGGGCUGCCAGUAAGGUCAAGGUGCCCAUGAAGUUCAACGGGCGCUCAGCGGUGCAGGUGCGCUCACCCCGUGACCUGGCCGACUUGGCCGCCUACACUGCCCUCAGGUUCCACCUGCAGAGCCCAGAGCCCGUGGCCGGGCAGGACGCCGUGGACCGCUUCGUGCUCUACAUGGGCAGCCGCCAGGCCUCUGGGGACUACAUGGGUGUGGCGCUGCGUGGCCAGAAGGUGCACUGGGUGUACCAGCUUGGCACGGCCGGCCCCGCCACCCUGAGCAUCGACGAGGAUAUCGGGGAGCAGUUCGCAGCCGUCAGCAUCGACAGGACCCUCCAGUUUGGCCACAUGUCUGUCACGGUGGAGGGACAGACAGUUCACGAGACCAAGGGCGACGUGGUGGCCCCCGGGGCCGAGGGGCUGCUCGACCUGAGGCCUGAGGACUUCGUCUUCUAUGUGGGCGGCUACCCCAGCGGCUUCAUGCCCCCUGAGCCCCUCCGCCUCCCUGGCUACGAGGGCUGCAUUGAGCUGGACACGGUGAAUGAGGAGGUGGCCAGCCUCUACAACUUCGAGCAGACCUUCGAGCUCGACACAGCGGUGGACAAGCCCUGUGCCCGCUCCAAGUCCACUGGGGAUCCGUGGCUCACGGACGGCUCGUACCUGGACGGCACCGGCUUUGCCCGCAUCAGCUUCGACAGCCAGAUCAGCCACACGAAGCGCUUUGAGCAGGAGCUGCGGCUCGUGUCCUCCCGCGGGCUCAUCUUCUUCCUGCAGCACCAGGAGCAGUUCUUGUGUUUGGCUGUGCGUGAAGGGACUCUGGUCCUCCUUUAUGACUUUGGCACGGGCCUCAAGGAGGCCGCCCCGCAGCAGUCCCCGUCGUCCCUGACAGCGGCCAGCAAGGCAAUCCAAGUAUUCCUGCUGGGUGGCACCCGCAAGCGCGUGCUGGUCCGUGUGGAGCGGCUCACGGCAUUCAGCGUGGACCAGGACAACUCGCUGGAGCUGGCCACCGCCUACUACCUGGGUGGGGUGCCGCCAGAGCAGCUGCCCCCAAGCCUGCGGCAGCUCUUCCCUACAGGGGGUUCCAUCCGUGGCUGCGUGAAGGGCAUCAAGGCUUUGGGCAAGUAUGUGGACCUCAAGCGGCUCAACACCACGGGCGUCAGCUCAGGCUGCACCGCCGACCUGCUGGUGGUCCGCGCCGUGACCUUCCACGGCCACGGCUUCCUGCCGCUGGCGCUGCCCGACGUGGCGCCCAUCAGCAGCAGCAUCUACUCUGGCUUUGGGUUCCGCAGCACCCAGGACAGCGCCCUGCUCUACCACCUGUCCUCCCCCGAUGGGCUGUGCCAGGUGGCCCUGCGACAGGGCCGCGUGACCCUCCAGCUGCUCAGGACGGAGCUCAGGAGCCGUGGGGGCUUUGCCGACGGCACCAGCCACUACGUGGCCUUCUACGGCAAUGCCACUGGGGUCUGGCUGUACGUGGACGACGAGCUGCAGCAGAGGAAGGUCCCCCAGGGGCUGCCUCAGCCCCGCCAGUCCCAGGAGCCUGCACAGCUACUGGUUCUGGGAGGCCUGCAAGAGGCCGGCGACUUCCGCAACUUCAGUGGCUGCAUCGGCAAUGUCUUCGUGCAGAGGCUCCAGGAGCCACAGCGUGUGUUUAACCUACAGCCGAGCGAAGGCAGUGUUAACACCAGCACAGGCUGUGCCCCGGCCCCCCUUGCCCAGGCCCUGGGGCCGCGGGGGCUCCAGGCUCCCCGCCGCAGCCGCCAGCCCACCCAGCACACCUGCACACCACAUCCUCAACCAGGGACCCUUGGGGACUCCUACCAGUUUGGGGGCCCCCUGUCCAGCUACCUGGAGUUUGCAGACAUCCCCGCCCCCCACAGGAACAGGUUCCGCCUGAGCAUGCUCGUGCGUCCCCGUACACCCCACGGCGUCCUGCUGCUCGUGGCACCCCCGACCGCCGGCAGCCCUUCCCUGCUGCUGGCCCUGAGCCAUGGACACGUCAUCGCUCAGACCCAAGGCCCUGGGCCCCGGCCCCAAGUGCGGAGCCGCCAACGUGCCCGGGCUGGCCGGUGGUACAAGGUGUCUGUGCAUUGGGAGAAGGGUCGGAUCCAGUUGCAGGUGGACAGGACCCGGGCCUGGAGCCAGGAGGGGCCCCGCUGGAACCCCCAGCCCCACACCCUCUUUGUCGGGGGUCUCCCAGCCAGCAGCCUUGGCCCAAAGCUCCCGGUAUCAUCGGGGUUUGGUGGCUGUGUGAAGAGACUGCAGCUGGAUGGGCGGUCCCUUGGGGCCCCCACUAGAAUGGCAGGGGUCACACCCUGCCUCUUGGGGCCCCUGGAGCAGGGCCUGUUCUUCCCAGGCAGUGGGGGCGUCGUCACCAUAGGCCUCCCAGGGACCACGUUGUUCAGCCUGGAGCUGGAGCUGCGGCCUUUGGUGGCCACGGGGCUGAUUCUGCACCUGGGCCAGCCAGAUGCCGCUCCCUACCUGCAGCUGCACAUGGUCCAGCGGCAGGUGCUGCUGCGAGCAGAUGAUGGGGCGGGUCCCGUCUCUACAUGGGUGACAACGCCUGUGGCGCUGUGCGAUGGGCAGUGGCAUAGGCUGACAGUGACCAGAGGCAGCAGCGUGCUGCGGCUCGAGGUGGACGCAGAGAGUAACCACACGCGGGGCCCCAUCUCAGCCGCCGUGCCACACCAGGCCCUGUUGCUGCACCUGGGGGGCCUGCCAGUAUCAUCCGGGUCUCCAAGCUGGGCGAGUCCCCAGCCUCCGCCUUACAGUGGCUGCAUGAGGAACCUCGUGGCUAACGGCUCUCCAGUGGCCGUGACACGCUCCGCACGGGUGCAGGGCGCGGUGGGCGCCGCCGGCUGUCCGGCUGUGAGGCAGCCGCCGUCCAGUCCACCCACCCCGCCAGGUCGGGGCCAGCCUCCGGGAGCCCUGCCUGCCACCUGGGUCUGAGUGAAACACGGCAUC